AUGUCACCCGCCGUUGUUGACCUCGUUGAGACCCCGGUCGUCGAGACCCCCAUUGAGACUCCUAUCGAGACUGUGCCCGCCGCCGAGGAGUCUCUCAUUGAGUCCAAGGGCAGCUCUGUCGAGUACUUGCCCCUAAACGGCGUCGAUGCCGUCGACCUGCCGGCCAUUGGCGCCACCAAGCUGCGCAAGAUGAUCUUUGAGACCAAAGAGCUCAUUGUCUGCCCCGGCGUAUACGACGGCCUGUCUGCCCGCACCGCCAUCGAGACCGGCUUCAGCGCCAUGUACAUGACUGGUGCCGGUACCACGGCUUCCCGUCUUGGCCAGCCCGAUCUGGCCAUUGCUCAGCUUCACGAGAUGAGAGAAAACGCUGAGAUGAUUGCCAACCUCGAUCCCUUUGGCCCCCCUCUCAUUGCCGACAUGGACACUGGCUACGGUGGUCCCAUCAUGGCUGCCCGGACCGUUGAGCAGUACAUCCGCGCCGGUGUCGCUGGUGCCCAUCUCGAGGACCAGGUCCUGACCAAGCGCUGCGGCCAUCUCUCGGGCAAGAAGGUCGUCCCUCGCGAGGAGUACUACUCGCGCAUCCGCGCCGCCCACGCCGCCCGCGUCCGCAUGCGCUCCGACUUUGUCCUGAUUGCCCGCACCGACGCCCUCCAGUCCCUCGGCUACGACGAGUGCAUCGAGCGUCUCCGCACCGCUCGCGACCUCGGCGCUGACGUCGGCCUGCUCGAGGGCUUCAAGAGCAAGGAGCAGGCGGCGCAGGCCGUCAAGGACCUCGCUCCCUGGCCCCUGCUGCUCAACAGCGUCGAAAACGGCGCCAGCCCGACCAUUACCGUCGACGAGGCCCGCGAGAUGGGCUUCAGAAUCAUGAUCUUCUCCUUUGCGUGCAUUGUGCCUGCCUACAGAGCCAUCAAGGACACCCUGACGCUUCUCAAGACCAAGGGAAUCGUCGGCACACCCAAGGAUCUCACCCCCGUCAAGCUGUUUGAGGUUUGCGGUCUGAAGCACUCAAUGGAAGUCGACCAAUCUGCUGGUGGUCUAUCCUUUGCCGAUGGCGUCUCCAACGCGUAA